AUGUGGAUGCUGAUCUUUUGGGGGGCCCUGGUAGGGGUCUUGGGGUCUCAGGAGACGUCCUCUGGGGGUGCUCAGCAGCUUCAGGCUCUUCACUGCCCACCAUGCGAGCGCAUUCACUGCUCCUCCCGGCGGGCGCUGAAGCUGCAGUGUAAAGGUGGCAUGACAACAGGGGUGUGCGGCUGCUGCCCUGUUUGUGCCCGGACAGAGGGGGAGAGCUGUGGAGGGACGUGGGACUACCUGGGCAAGUGUGACGAGGGGCUGGUGUGCGUUUUGCAGGAUGCAGUGGGUGACAAAGCAGACGCAGAGCGCAGAGGGAUCUGUAAAGCAGUGAUUGAAUCCUUGGAUCCAGAGGUGUGUCAUCCAGAGUGCACAAAGGAGUACUGUCAGGCCAACCCCUCUGAAAUCUGCUCUGCAAGGUUUGUGUCACUGGAGAAGAAAGAGUGUCAGGGCUCCUGCCAGCACACAUCCUGCUCUAGCUGCCUGCUGCUCAAACCUCCAUCCUGCUCUCAGACCUGCAGCCCCUCAAACUCCUCCUGCCUACAGCACUUUGGGAGGUGUGUGCACAAUCACCUGAUGGCCAGUCAUAGUCCUGUAUGCCACAGCAACCUACAUAGUCAUUCUGAGGGGCAUUUUCUGUGUUUGGUCCCCUCCUGUCUGGAUUCACAGCAGUAA